AAUUAAUUAAAAUGAAUUUCAAUAAUUUUAAUUUCAAAAAUUAUCUUGAAGAAAAAAUUGGAAAAUGAAAUUUAAAAUCUGAAAAGCCGUUAAAUUUCACAUGGUUUUUUUAAGCUGGUAAGUCAAUAAGUCAAGUUGUGCUGCAAAUAACAAAAUUAUUAAGUGCUCUAAGGAUACAUGAUGUUUGACAAAAUAUACUAGGCACUAAGUUGAAGCGUCUCCGCCUUUAUUUAACCGCCAAAACUAGAAGAAAAAUUGUACAAAAAGUUUUUAAUUCGUUUUGUCAUUAAUUUAAGCAUUAUUAUGUAUUUUAAGACACUUGUCUAAUAGCUCAAGAUGUUUGUAUCGGAUCUAAAGAAUGACUUCUUCAAUUUGCUGCCAGGAAAACGAGUAAUUGUAAUCUGUAAUGUCGAUAUUGAUGCAAUUGUGUCGUCAAAAAUUCUUCAGACGUUGUUUAGGAACGAAAAUAUAAUAUUCUCAGUUGCUCCAAUACUGGGUAUUAAGGGACUGAAGAGGACAUUUGAUGAGAACAAGGAAGACUGUAACAUAUUUCUAUUUAUAAACUGUGGUGGUUGCAUUGAUCUUGUUGAUCUUCUUCAGCCUGACGACAACAUUGUCUUUUUUAUCUGCGAUUCUCAUCGUCCACUCGAUCUCUGUAAUGCUUACAGUGAUUCGCAGGUGAGAAUAUUGGGCGAUUAUAGAUCAGAAGAAGACAUGCCACAAUUUGAGCAAAUAUUUAGAGACUCGGACAGUGAGAAUGAUAGUGCUGAUGAUGAAAUUGAGGAUGAAGAAAAUACGGAAAAUUCAAAUCAUAGACCAACAACACAUAUUGAGAAAUUUGAGAGGCGACUAAGAAAGAACCGAGAAAAACGUGAUUGGGAGAAGGCGAGAGAUCGAGUAUUAUUUAAUUAUUCACAAUAUAGUUACUACGCAAGAAGCACUUCUAUAGUUAUUUACGAGCUAGCAUGGAAAAUGUCUAAAGAUUCAUUAGAUUUAUUAUGGUGGGCAAUUAUUGGAAUCACUGAACAACUGCUACUCGGUAAAAUUGAAAGUUCCGUUUAUACAUUAGAGACACAACGAAUUCAAUCUCAUGUUUCACGUCUGUCCAAUAAAAUUAAUGAAAAUUCUCAUACAGCAAUUAGGAUCACAUAUGAAAAUGACUUAUAUCUAGCACUUUAUCGACACUGGAGCGUUAAAGAAUCAAUAAAGAAUUCAAUAUAUUCAGCAUGUCGGAUGAAAUUGUGGACAUUGAAUGGAAAAAAGAAAUUAAAUGAGUUACUAGUUGAAAUGGGAUUACCGUUAGCACAAGCGAGGCAACAAUUUAAUUCUAUGGAUUUACUAAUGAAAAAAGAUUUUUAUCAAAUGAUUGAAAAAACAGCCGAAAAGUACAACAUGCCAGGAAUCAUUUAUGGAUCAUUUACGUUACAAUAUGGAUAUAAGAAUCGAUAUUCUGCAGCUGAUUAUGUCUAUUCUAUGAUGGCACUAAUUGAACAAAUUGAUCAUGAGAGAACAGCCGAAAGUUGCUUUAUUGAUGCUCUAGAAAGCUUAUCAAGGAACAAGAAAAAUAUGCUCGAGAGUGGCAUCGACAAGGCUAAAGUUCUAUUAGACUCGAUAUUUAAGCAAGUCAAGACAUCACUUGAGACACAACAAAUUCAUUCAGCAGGUCCAUUCUUAUAUGUAAUUUUUCAAGAUGAAAACAUACAAUUCUCAUCGCCUUAUGCACUAACAAUGCUCGCAAAAUUUAUGCUCAAUGGAUUUGUGGCAGUUUCAAGAAGUCGUCGUUCUAGAGAUUUACCUUUAAUUAUUUGUAUUCCAGUUGAUUUAACUAGAGAAAUUUGUCUCAUGAUUGGAAUCCCACCAAUUGGAGAUGAUUCUAAGAACCUUUUUGGAAAGGCAUUCGAACAAGCUGCCAUCAAAAGCAAUGCUGCUAUUUCACAAGACUUUUUCGAUACAAAUAUCAUACAAAUUAAGCAAUCCGAUUGCCCUAAGUUCAUCGAUGCUCUCACUGUGCUUUUGUCGAGUUAACUUUUGCCUCCUGAUCAUUAUCAUUAAUAUCUUUAGUUAUUUUAAUUUUAACUUUAAUUAAACUAAGUUGUAGAAUGUUUAAAUUAUCCUGUAAGUCACCAAAUUGAAUACACAUAUUUUUACUCAUAAGACCACCUUCAUUCUCAAUUAUAUUAAUUGCAAAAUAACUGAAAUUUAUGUUUUAGAUUAAUAAAAUGGCC